CCUAAUGGACAGCCUAUCCUUGAUGUAUCUGAAGAUGAAGUAAUACAGACGGUUCGUAGAGAAAAUACAAAGCAACCUUUGGAUGCAGAAAAGAAGAAUGAGAAGUCAAAGAAAAAAAAGAAAUCAAAGGGAGAUGCUAAAGCAGUUCAGGAUCCAUCACGUCUGGAUGGAAAGGAAGUUGAUGAAGGAGCCUGGGAAACUAAAAUCAGUAACAGAGAAAAGCGACAACAGCGCAAAAGAGACAAGGUAUUGACCGACACUGGCUCGGGAGAACUGAAUCUCCAAGGAAUGGAAAAUGCAGUGACUGUUUCCAUUGAACAACUGAUGCCUGCACCUUCACUUCCAGUCGGUCUCAGAAAAAAUAAAGGUGACACACUUCUGAACGUGCAACUCAGCAACUCUAAAACUGCAAAGGGAGAGUCAGCCAUUCCACAAGUUUCUGCAGGAUUGAAUGAAAGCCAUACUGUAAAUGGAGGAAGCUGGAAUGAGAAGCCUGUAAAAAUCUCCUCGCAAAUUGGUGUAGGGGAGGAGAAAUGGACAUCUGUGUCCUCAGCUGCAGCUGGGAAGAGGAAGACAGAGACGUCAGCUUGGAGCCAGGAUGCUGGAGAUGCUAAUGGAAAUGGAAAAGACUGGGGCGUAACCCUGGUGGGCAGGCCUUGGAAAGAGCGUUCUUUGUUCACUCCUAUUGCUGCUUGGAAUGUGGAUGCCAGGAUCAAUACCUCUGAACAGAAUUCUUCUUCCUUCACUUCAUUUGGAUUAACUCCUGGAGUAUCUGGAUCCAACAAUGAGUCAGCUUCUCAGGCUGCUACUUCUGAUUUUCAGUGGGAUUUAAGUCAUGCUCAAGCCCCUGUUGAUGACGAAUGGUCUGGGUUAAAUGGACUUUCUUCAGCUGAUCCCAGCUCUGACUGGAAUGCGCCAGCAGAAGAGUGGGGGAAUUGGGUAGAUGAAGAAAAAGUCGCUCCUGUUCCACAGCCUGAAGAGGCAUCAUCAGAUGUUCAGAAGGCUUCAGAUAAUGAAAGAGAAAAAGCAGACCCACUUCAGAGUGCUGCAAGUGGGAAAUCCAAGAAAAAGAAGAAGAAAAAGAAGAAGCAGGGUGAAGAGGCUAACUCUCCUGCAAAGGACACUGAAGAACUGGAUAGAGAAGCUGGAGAAGAAUUUCGUGAGGAUACCUCAAAAGCUCAACCACAGCAGGAAAUAGCUUUUCCUUUGAAGACCAUAAGUACUAGUGAACCAGCUAAGCCUGAGGAGGCUCCUUCGCUUGCUGUUUCUCCUGAGCCAUCUGUAAUUGUAUCAGAAAGUGAUUCUGACAAGAUCACUUCCCAAGUGCCACAGAUGCUGCAAGAGACAGAUGUUUCUAGUCCUAAUAUUAAGCAAAACAGUGUGCCUCCUCCGCAGACAAAGUCUGAAGAAAGCUGGGAAUCCCCCAAACAAGUUAAAAAGAAGAAAAAAGCAAGAAGGGAAACGUGAAUUUCCCAAGAUGGACAUGUGUUGCUGAAUACUGUCAUGAAGAUAAUGCUGUUUAUGCAAUAAUUUGUGAACAUGUACAGAAUUUUAUAUAAAUUUCAACCAAUUUUUAAAAACAGAACUGCUGUGAACACAAACAUCUUUAAAAAGGAAUCAAAGGAAAGUAAUUUUAUGAUAUAGAAAAACAGAACAUGCUACGUUUGAAAGACAUUCUGAGGAGUCUGUUUUUUCCAACUUACGGAGAGAGAUAUUAACUAAAAACUGGUUUUACAACACAGUGCCCUGUUUACAACAGAUUAUACUCUCAUCUACAGCUGCGAAUAAAUGAUUAAUUUUAAGGGUUUUCUGUAAAAUAAUUGUCUGUACAAUAGUGGGUGCUUCUUGCCUCUCUUCGGAGAGAUGCAUCAGAAGCACAGAAUGUCUACCAUGGGAAUUUGUUUCAUGCCUAAAUCAAAGUGCUUUGAUUAAUACGUAAUCUGCCAUAUCUGCCAUAUAGCGAGCUGGUUAGCCCGUCUGCUAGCUAUUAAAGGAAUCACAAGUGCAAAUCAUUAACUAUUUGUACAGUCAAACCUUCAUGGGUUAUUAUAUGAAGUUAACAAUAAAACUGCUUUGGG